AUGGGCGGGACAACUACCACUAAAGCAAGCCAAGCUUCCGGCUAUCGGAGGCCAACGAGAUACGCUAAGUCCGGCUGUCGUACAUGCAAAAUCCGGCACAUUAAAUGUGACGAAGAAAAACCUGCUUGUCGGAAAUGCACGAAUUCUGGCAGAGUCUGCGACGGCUAUGGACGGACCGGCCGACCUCGAUAUCUUCUCAUCAGUCGCAAUCCAGGGCCGUUUCCAGGUGUUGCGCCAGAAGAACGGUCGUCGCUGGAUUACUUCCGAUAUGCGCCAGCCCUGAAACUGACUGGAUUAUUCAAAUCGGAGUUCUGGGAUUCCCUGGUCCUGCAAACCUGCUUCGCCGAGUCGAGCGUUCUGCAUGCUAUAGUUGCUCUCGCAGCUGCGCAUCGAUCUCGUUUCUCCCCUUGGGGAAAUGAAAAGGCGGCCAGUGCCAAGUCUUAUGAUUCGUUUGCGCUGAUACAGUAUAAUAAGGCGAUCAAAAGCCUAACUACACAUGUGACUGCUGCAGAUAUUGAGUCAGUUCGAAUUGCCAUCAUAUCCAGUAUAGUGUUUGUCUGCCUGGACAUGUUGCGGGGAGAAUACAAUUCCAUGAAUAUGCAUUUUCAACACGGCAUUCGUCUUCUCAAUCUCCUGCAAUCUAGUGGGAAAGGGUUAAGACAGGCUCGGCACAUAUUCGUUCAGCAGAACCCUCAGUCAACAGAUGAACAUCUGAUUCAUGCAUUUGCUCGUUUACACCUACAAUUUAUGAUGCUAGGCUCGGGUCUAUUCGAUGAUGAUGCACUGUUCACGCCUGCUUUCGUCUACGGUCACCAGCAAAUUUCCGUUCCACGGAUCUUCUCAAUCGUUCAAGAAGCACGCCGGUCCCUCGACCAGAUUCUCAGUAGCGUCAUUCAACUCGCCUUGAAGUUUGCAGCAGAUCAUAUUAGCAGCGCAGCCUACCUUCCGCCCCUCUCUCCGACUUUACUCAAGCAACAAGAAGCCCUCAAACUCACACUCCAGGACUGGAUUGAGGCAUUUGACAGUCCUCUAUCACUAGGAACAGCUCAGACAAGCCGCUACGGCGAGCUUGCUCUUCGAGUGCUCCGAAUACACUGGACCAUGGCCACAAUACUAUUGUCAACGUGUUUCGCUACCAAGGAAACGGCGUUUGAUUCCCACACUUCGGCCUUCGAGUCCAUCAUCAACCAAAUCGAAGCUUUAGGUGCCGUUGUUGCCAAUACUCCUCAGCAUAUUGGACCAACGAAGGCGAACAAUAACUUUUGCCAGAUAGGUGCUAGUUUUAGCAUUGAUCUCGGCUGUUAUGCUCCACUCUACUUUACGGCGCUGAAGUGCCGCGUUCCGCACAUUCGCCGUCAUGCCAUCUCCAUCCUUCAGCAGUGCAAACACACAGAAGGUGUGUGGACAGGUCCGGUGCUGGCACGUCUUGCUACAUGUGUGGUUGACACUGAGGAACGUGAUUUCUCGACCGCCCUAUAUUCCGAUAGUCAAGAGAAUAAGCCGUCAUUUACUCUUCCUGAAUAUUCACGGUUCUAUUGUGUACGAUGUGUGCUGCCAAAAGAGUCUCGCGAUGCCAAACCCAAGAAACGGACAGUGGGCACAUUGAUCUGCCAUCGAUUUUGUCAUGAGUUGGGCAAAGACGGAGGCUGGGUAAGCAAGUCGUAUGAUAUCGACUUCAAUCCAUAA